CAUUGGCAGGCAGACUGAAAAGCCUCGGGCUGCUGCCUCAUGACAUCACAUGGUUGCAGAAUGACUUGUCUAACGCUCAUCUGUGAGGCAAGAUUUCCUCCAGAGAAAGCGUGAACACUGCUCUGUUGAUAGUGAGAGGGAGAAGCGGCUCAGUGUCCCUGUAGCAACCACUUGUAAAAGGAGCCUGCAAAACCAAAGCAGCUCUGAGUACACUGAGAAGACACCAACUCAUCUGAGGUCUCAUCAUCUGUUGCUGCUUCCGGUCUGUGUUGUCAUGGUGACUGUGAGGGCCCUAGCGCACUGGAUACAGGGCCAGUGAAGGGGGUCAUGUCUGGUAUCACUCAGUGCUACCGCUGAGAUACAUACGGCUCGUGAACGACGCCUGUCCUUAAAGCGUGGCAGAGAUGGAGGAGGAGAGCAGGGUGAACGGCUGUGGUUUGAACCCGGAGAGGAGGAGCUCGGACUGGGGUCGCAUCGCCCUGCUGGGCAAGACCAAGGAGUUCUUCCAGACGUGCGAUGUGGAGGGGAAAGGCUUCAUCACUCGCACUGAUAUGAGGAGGCUUCACAGAGAGCUGCCUCUGUCUGCAGAAGAGCUAGAGGAUGUUUUUGACUCCCUGGAUACAGAUCGUACCGGCUACCUCACACUGGAGGCUUUCUCCUCUGGAUUCAGUCAGUUCCUGCACGGCCGGAGGAUCUCGGUAGCUGAUGAACUAAGUCCUGCCCCUGGCUCAGUCCUCAGGGCAAAGGAAGCCCUGUACCAGAGCCAGUGGGAUGCCAAGCUGGCAGGAGAAGAGGAUGAGGAGGAGAAACAUUUCUGCAUGCUGCUGGAAAGCCUGGGAGCCAGCAAUGUGUUUGAGGAUGCAGCCGAGGUGCGCAGCCUGUGGGCCCAGCUGAGGAGGGACGAACCACAUCUGCUGUCCAACUUUGAGGAGUUCCUGGCCAGGGUCACUUCCCAGAUCAAAGAGGCCCACCAGGAGAGGAAGGAGAUGGAAAGCGCCCUCCAGAGGAAGGCAGCAACACAUGACAGUGAGAUCCGUCGAUUAUAUGAAGAGAUGGAGAUACAGAUCAAAAAUGAGAAAGACAGGCUACUUCUUAAGGACUCUGAGCGUUUCCAUUUACGCAGCCAAGACCUGGAGCACCAACUGUUUGCAAAGGAGAGGGAGCUGGAGCAGCUCUUCCAGAAGCAGAAAAGGUUGGAGCUCCAGUGCAGUGAACUGAGCAGUCAGAAGCAGGAGAGCCGAGUGGAGAAUGUCAAGCUGAAGAUGACCAAUGACGAGCUGUCCAGAGAGCUGGAGAGCACCAUGCAGGAGCUGACGCUGGCCCAGGAGCAGCUGGCCAUGCUGCAGGAGCAGGCCACCCGGCUGCAGCAGGAGAAAGAGAUGGAAAUGUACAGAGUAACUGAGGGACUGCAGAGAGAGAAACAAAGUCUCAUGAAACAGCUUGACCUGCUCAGAGAAAUGAAUAAACAUUUAAAAGAUGAGCGAGAUAUGUGCUGUGGUGUGCCUCGAACGUCUCUCAGAAAGAAGCAGAAGCAGAGAGCAGAGCUGGCCAAUUUAUUCGACGAUGCCAGCCAGCCAGCAAAAAGUGAGGAUGACACAGCCACUGCCUCCACCAAAACCACCGCCAACAUCAGCAGCAGCGCCCCCGUGUGUCAGCAGCGCGCCACAGCAAAGAAGAACUCAGGCUUAGCCAACGGCUACGCCAAGCCCGCUCCACCCAAGGUGCACGGGAAGGCCAAAAGCAAACUGGUACCCAGCAAGAUGGCCUCCACUAAGAGGGUGAUCCAGAGAGACAGGGAGAGAGCGAAGGAGGCAGAGCUGGAAAGGAAGACGGGGGUGGAGGAGGAGGUGUUGGAUGCCCCUCCGGACGGGUGGCCCCUCCGUCGAGUCAUCUCCAUCGAGGAGGACCACCUGCCCCACCUGCUCCACGGGGGGCCGCAACCCCUCCUGCACCAGCUCAGCGAGGAAGAGGAGGAGGAGGAAGAUGAUGAGGUUGAUGAUGAGGAGGAGGAGGAUGACGCUCAGAGUGACCUUGAUGUAUCUGUGGUCAUGGCAACAGACCCCAUUGCCACCCCGCCCUCCAAUCACACCUCCGGCUCAGCAUUACCCCCGUCGGCUAGGAAACCCCGCUUUACCAAGACAAAAAAGACCCCGAUGCCUGCCAGAGGACAGCCUGUCGGCAAGGAGACCCAGCAAAGGACAACAGAAGGAGCACUGCUUGCCCCUGACCGCCUCUUCAAGGUGGUGCUGGUUGGCAACUCCAGUGUGGGCAAGACGUCACUGCUACGCUCCUUCUGUGAGGGCCGUUUCCACCCCUCCACCUCUGCCACUGUGGGUAUUGACUACAGUGUGAAGACACUAACCCUAGAUGAUACCCAGGUAGCCAUGCAGCUUUGGGACACAGCAGGACAAGAGAGGUACCGCAGCAUCACCAAGCAGUUCUUUCGCAAGGCGGACGGGGUGGUGGUGAUGUAUGAUGUCACGGUGGACGACAGCUUCAGGGCUGUGAGACCCUGGCUGGCCAAUGUUCAGGAGGCUGCAGGUGAAGGCGUCCCCAUCCUGCUGCUAGGCAACAAAAUGGACAUGGAUGGAGACAGGCAGGUGUCGUUUAAAGAAGCUGAGCUACUGGCCUAUGAAAACAAGGUGAUGUUCUAUGAGGUCAGUGCGUACACCGGCAGCAACGUGACAGAGUCUCUGACACACAUGGCCAGAGUGUUAAAGGAGCAGGAGGACAGAGUGAGAGAUACAACAGUCAUACUCAGUGCCCAGCCUAUAAAGAGGAAAGCCUGCUGCAAGUAAAGACACGGUGACAGACAAAGCAAGGUAGAACUUUAAAAGUACCUACCUGCACUCGAUGCACAGGGUUUGACAGGAACUGGAAAAUUUGAGGACAGGAGUGAAAUCAUAUCCCCACUUUUGGACAUCGGAUUUGCAGUGUUUGACGAUAACAGUGAAAUAAUUUUUGGACUUUUGGCUUCUCUGAAGCUAGGGAGACAAUAUAAUGGAUGAAAUUGUGCCUUUCAACACGUGGUCUUGCUUUUGGCCUGGAAACACACGUUGAAAGCAACAUGAUGUUUGCCUGUGUUUGUAAGCCAUGCCAGGGUGUAAAUUAAUCCUGGCGUGGCUUGCCGUGAGAUUAAAAUCAUUGUCAAGGUUCAAAGAACAGGUUCAAAUCAGGUACUUGUCUGAAGUCCAAGCAAGGUGCUGCACCAUUUCCUCUCUGUAAAUAAUGUUGUGUUAACUUCUGGGAAAUCAUGGUAGUACUGUAAGAUGUAAAACAAAAGUAUUUCUGUAUUAUAAUUAAGAUUUCAGUUUGAUAGAAAUUUUCACCUAGAAAAGAAAAAAAAUCUUUUAAGUUUAUGAUUAUAGCUCUUGUUAACUAAACAUUAGAAUUAGGGUUAGGGUUAGUAUCUGUUUCUCUAUAGUGCAUGUAGAAUAUUUUAUUGUAGUCCUAUUUUUGUUGAGCCUAAGACUGAAAUAAAUGAAUCAAAUUGGAAUUCAUUAAAAUGGCACUUUAGAAUCACAAGUCAAAAAUUUUGCUUCAUAAUUCUUUACUUUAUUCUU